CCAUGACUUUAUUUAUUUCAAAGCAUCCUGAUCUAGUUAACUAUUUACUCUUGUGUUUUCGGCCUCACUGCCCUACACUCAUUGGCUCUUUCUCAGUGCCACCACACCCAUUAUUUGCGAGUCACAUGAUGACAACACAGCAUUGCAGGGCUGAAAGGCACGUGAAUUCCGCGGAUAAAUGCUUAUAAUAGAACCUAAUAAUCAAUGAGGUAUGAGCCUUUGCUCUAAAUAUUAAUAUUCCAUCUAGCCAUGAGUCACAACCUCAACGGUAGAUUGUUUGCCGAGACGCCCCUCAGCAUUCGUGUUGGCAGCAACAAAAAACUUUAUUAUGUUCAUCCUAAGGCACUUUCAUCGUCCUCUUCAUCGGCUCUUCAUGCUAGAGUCACCGGGCCAUGGAUGAACUGCGGGGAUGGGGAGAUCGAUUGGACUGACUUCGAUGAACAAACAAUUGACUGUGUUCUGAACUUCUUGUACACCGGGGACUAUCAAGCAGGUCGAAUUACUCAAAGGCCUGGGGAACAGUCUCAACAAAGGGCCACAGAAGAGUCUGAGGAAAUAGAAAAGGAUAAAGAAAUACAUGCUUCUCGGCAGCAAUUAAAAGAAUAUGAACUUGCCUAUCGUUCAAUCCAUGAACCAUUAAGCCCCAUUGAAUCCUGCCUUGAUUACCAUUUGCCUUUCGAGGACAGUCCCGUUAAAGCGGUUACUUUAUGUCAAGAGACUCUCUACGAAGACAUUCCGAAUGAGCUCCUGCUUCAUGCAAAGGUCUACUUAUUUGCCCAUAGAUAUCUUCUAGAUGAUUUAGCCGACCUUUCAUUACGAUACUUGCAGCAAGCACUCAUUAACCUUCCAAAAAAGCAGCCUGACUUUCCCCAACAGCUUGCGGAUGCUGUUUGUCUCAUAUAUACUGAGACAGCCACAUCUGAGCUGCAGGAGAACCCUGGAAGGAAACUGCUCUCCCAAUUUGUUGCACUGAAAUAUACCGGGCUCUACAAUGAUCGCCUCGAGAAGCUCUUAGCUGAAGGAGGACCGUUUACAAUCGAUGUAUCCAGAAAGCUUGCCCGGCGACUUAUGAGCAGUCCUCUGGAAGAGAGAAUACAAGAGCUUUCGAAUUCCAAUGAGUCACUACGCGCCGAAUUAGCCGAUAAGGACCGGGAGACAAAGGCACUUACCAGAGAAUUGCACAAUCGGGCUGUCUGGAAUAAUAAUUUACCCGUUCGAGCAGUGUUCGGCCAGGAUCGAUCUCGAUAGGCCGUUUGGAAGCUCAUUAGGCAUAGACAAAGCACUCUCUCUCUUGCUGUCCGAGGGCCUUCAAUACUACUUCGAAUUCGAGAUUCGGCUUGCA